AUGUUGAUUGGUGAGAGGGAAAGUCAAAAUUCGACUCCAAAUUGCCAACUCGACUCAGAUUAUGGCAUUGCGCUCAUGUUGAUACUAAUACCUAAUGGGAUCGGCUUGGUGUCCUUGAGGCUCAUUGGGCUUUCAAUUUUGAUAUUGCAGCAUUUUUAA